CUCGCUGCCAGAAUCCUCUGCUGCAGUCGCAUCCUUUAGACAAGAUGGUGAAGGUCGGAGUCAACGGAUUUGGCCGGAUUGGAUGCCUGGUGACCAGGGCAACACUCAGCUGCAAAGAAGUAGAAAUUGUGGCCAUCAAUGACCCCUUCAUUGACCUCUCCUACAUGGUUUACAUGUUCCAGUAUGAUUCCACCCAUGGCAAGUUCAAGGGCACUGUAAAGGCAGAGAAUGGAAAGCUGCAAGCUGCAGAGGGGAACUUGAAGGGCAUCUUGGGCUACACAGAGGAACAGGUGGUAUCCUGUGACUUUAACAGCGACACCCACUCUUCUACCUUCGAUGCUGGCACUGGCAUUGCCCUCAAAGACCAUUUUGUCAAGCUCAUUUCUUAG